AUGACUUCUGUACGCGAAACUGAGUGUCCCUACACUACAUGGGAUGACAUGGUUCUACCCAUCGAUCAUUCGUGGAGCGACAUGGAAGAUGAUGAUAUACCACAGGAAUACACCGGAACUUCAAAGCGUAUCUGGUUUGGAAAGGAGGCUCAGGAAAUUGAGCGUCCCUAUACUUCAUGGGACGACAUAAUCCUGCCUACCGAGUAUUCCUGGAGCGAUUUGGAGAAGGAAUCGUCGAACAAUGAAAGCGAGCUUGAAUACAAAUUUGAGCUUGAAGACGAAACCGAAGAGGCCAAACUGGAAUGCCGACUAGAAGAGCUGAACGAGAGGCCGGCGCCAGAGUACGAUACCGAUGACGAUUGGUCGUCAGAUGAUGAAAGCGACUACGACUCCCACCGGGAACACGAGGAUUGGCGUGACGAGUUCUAUGACACCUGUCAUGAACACUUUGACGAUUGGCCGUCGUAUCAUCAGGAUUAA